UAAUAAACGAAAUAUUUCAUCAACAUGCGCCAUCUGCUUGUGAGUCGUCUUCGCUAAAAUCGAUGAGAUUCCUCGUUCGACGAACAUCGAUGGCCGGAGGAAAGAGAAAACGCAAAGUUUUGUGGAGAGCUUUUUGUUUCCGUUUGAUCAACUAUAAAAGCUCAACUUACGGUACAAUAGGCCUCUUUUUAUCUCGAUCUACGAAUAAGACUCCAACCAAGUGCUCAGUGAAUUUCGUUAAAUUUUAAGUUUGUAGCAGUAAGAAAAUUUCAAAUAUACCGUUGAACUAAUAAAGUGAAGUUAUAUCAAGCAAUAUAAUUUGCGAAUUAGAGAUUUAAUAUUUUCAAGAAGAAAGGGGAAGCAAUACCGUGAUAAGUGAACCAAAAGAGAUCCGGCGCCAAUUAGUAAUAAUCCGCCGCUCUCCGCUACUAUCACCAUUGGUCCUUCGAACCGGAUGUACGUCGAACUCCGUAUAUCCGGCUACACGUUCAUCUGUAGAACGCCAUCUUUCCUGGUUCACGUGUUUUAGUGGGUCAAUCGAUUACAACGAUCUCUCAGCAUCCCUUUGUUCCUGUAACCAGAUUAGAUCAAGGCACACAAUUGCCUGUAAAAGGUAAUUGAUAUUCCAAUAUCUUCAUAUAUCGUGUUUUGUGCUUCCUGGUCUUUCGCUUCUAGGACCAGACCGUCAUCCUGUCAGACUUGAUGCUCUUGUCGGUAUUGCAAUAAUUUCCCACGACGCACCGUUGGAGUCAUCGUUGUUCCUGAAUCGUGACUGCGAGUAAAUUCGGUCAUCAAGACAACGGUCCAACCCUCCAUAUAUCUUGCUCGAGAUUUAUGAGACCAGAAGGAAUCAACCUGCCGCGAUAAUUCUUCAGAGAAUCCGUCGUUCCGGUGUCGCUAUCGGAAUCCAACAAAAUCAACUUCUCUUCCGUUCUUGCCGCAGAUUGCAUUCAUCAAAGGCAAAUAAUUGCCUCUCAAAGGUGAUUAUCAUUCCAAUCUUAUUAUCUCUCCCGUCUUGUGCUUCCUGGUCUGUCGUUUUUAGAACCCAACAUGUCAACGGAACGUCGCCUAAAAUCUUUGAAGACCCGUCAAAAGAGCCUUCUAGCAUCGUUCAGCCAAAUUAAGGAGUUUAUGGACGGAUAUCAGGAAGAGACCGAUGCUUGUCAAGUACCUGUUCGACUGGAACAUCUAGUGUCUUUGUGGAAUGACUUUAAUGCAGUGCAAGCAGAACUAGAAUCGCUGGAUGAGAACAACGUAGACAGUCAACUUAAGAAACGCAUUGAAUUUGAAUCCUGCUACUUCAAGGUAAAGGGUUUUCUACUAUCCGUGAGUAAGACUCCUACACCGCCGUUAUCACCUCCUUUCAAUAAUCCAACUGGUCAUGUUGGUACACACUCUUCCCACGUGAGAUUACCCGAUGUUAAACUGCCAGUGUUCAGCGGUCACCUGGACAAUUGGAUGAACUUCCACGACUUAUUUGUCUCGUUAGUACACACGUCUCAUGAACUUUCUAAUAUACAGAAGUUCUAUUACCUUCGGUCUUCUCUUGCUGGAGACGCUUUAAAACUAAUACAAACUAUUACUAUUAAUGCAAACAACUACCUCGUUGCAUGGACUCUCUUGGAAAAUCAUUACCAAAAUCCUGCAAGGUUGAAGAAGUCUUAUGUAGACUCUUUGUUCGAAUUUCCAUCGCUGAGACGCGAAUCUGCAACAGAUUUGCGAACCCUAGUCGAAAGAUUUGAAGCAAAUGUUAAAGUUUUAAAGCAACUUGGAGAAAAAACCGAGUUCUGGGACGUGAUUCUCAUAAGAAUGCUCAGCAUCAGGUUGGAUUCAACUACAAGACGGGACUGGGAGGAGUUUUCAUCAACACAAGCAGCUAUAUCCUUCCAGGACCUAACUACGUUUAUUCAGAGACGUGUUACUGUCCUCGAAACCAUCGGGAAACCCGUUGAAAGCAAUGCGUCAAUCAACGUAAAAAAACCGACGCAGCGGUCGAUCGUUAGUCAUGGGGCCUUCCCUUCCAAUCUUCGGAAAUGUGUCAUGUGCAACGAGCAUCAUCCGUUGUAUCAAUGCGCUACAUUCUCCAAACUCGUUCCGGAGGACAAAGAGAAGGAAAUUCGAAAGCACCAAUUAUGCCGCAAUUGUUUGAGGAAGGGUCAUCAAGUUCGCGAAUGUUCUUCUAGUAGCACCUGUAGACACUGCCGAGGUCGUCAUCACUCUCAACUCUGCCCCAAUGGAUGUUCCAACACCAACAGCUUCAAGCCAACUGAGAAUACGCAACCAAAACAACCGUCGUCGAAACCCCUAAUCGAACACCCCUCCGUGUCACUAUCAGCUACUGUCAACGGUACUCUAUUGGAACACCGACGUAAAACCGUUCUCCUCGCAACUGCAAUCAUCAUACUUGUCGAUGAUAAUGGCACCGAGCACCCGGCUCGUGCACUUUUAGACUCCGGUAGCGAAUGUUGCUUCAUGACGCACUCUUUCUCUCAGCUAAUCAAAGCUCAUCGUCAGAAAUUGUGGUGCCCGAUCGUCGGAAUUGGUAAAUCAACAACACAAGCUCGCUUCCAACUCCGCUCAACAAUCCGCUCUAGGGUGUGUCAAUACUCUACUUCGUUGAACUUCCUUAUCCUGCCAAAUGUAACAAUAGAUCUUCCGUCAGCUUCCAUUCAAGCUGAUUCGUUUGAAGUUCCACCUGGGAUAGAACUCGCUGACCCAUCGUUCCAUCAAACCAGCAAAAUCGAUAUCGUCCUUGGUGCGGAAAUAUUUUUUGAUAUUUUCAAGUUUGCAGGAAGGAUUCACCUUGGAGAUGACCAACCAAAAUUGAUAAAUUCCGUAUUUGGUUGGGUUGUAUCGGGCAAAAGUGACCCUGUUCAUUCCGCACAACCAGUGGUAGCGAAUUUAGCCACUAUCAGUGAUCUUCAUCAUCUGAUGGAAAGGUUCUGGACACUUGAAAGCGACAACUCUUCCACUUGCUAUUCCGUUGAAGAAGCGGCUUGUGAAUCUCACUUCCAACAGAAUGUCCGCCGCACAACAGAAGGUAGAUACUGCGUUCGUUUACCCACCAAGGAAGAUGUUCUUGUUAAACUGACCGAUAAUCGACGUACCGCACUUAGACGUUUCCAUAUGCUAGAGAACAAGCUCAGUCGAGAUGAUGCUCUUAAAGAACAGUACCAAACCUUUAUGACUGAAUACGAAACACUUGGUCAUAUGCAGCUAGUGACUGACCAUGAGCAUUCACUCACACUGGGUUAUCAUUUACCACACCAUGCUGUUGUUCGUGACGACAGCACCACAACAAAGGUGCGCGUAGUAUAUGAUGCGUCAUGUAAAACACCUGGCGGGCCGUCCUUGAAUGAUGCUCUUAUGGUUGGUCCUAUUGUACAGCAAGAUCUGCGCUCGAUAAUGAUGAGAACAAGAACUCGGCCCAUCAUGAUGAUUGCCGAUAUUAAACAAAUGUAUAGGCAAAUCCUCGUGGAUGAACGAGACACUCCACUGCAGCGCAUAGUAUGGAGAACGACUCGUGAUGCACCCAUGCAAACCUUCGAGCUGAAAACGGUAACGUAUGGCACAGCCAGUGCCCCAUACUUGGCUACAAGAGUUCUGAAGGAGUUGGCCAACGACGAAUGUGAACAUUUUCCCCAAGCAGCUGCGGUACUAAGAACUGACUUUUACGUGGACGAUCUGUUUUCUGGAACGACAACUGUGGAAGAAGCCAUCCAGCUCCGCACCCAAUUGGACGCACUGCUACGAAAGGGAGGCUUCGAACUUCGUAAAUGGGCGUCUAACGAACCGCAGGUACUUGAAGACGUUGGGGAAGAAAAUCGAGCACUGUUAUCAACUGUUGAUCUCAACCGAGAUCAAUGCAUCAAAGCCCUCGGCCUGCACUGGGAGCCGGCAACGGACUCUAUGCGCUAUCAAAUAAGUCUUUUCGAGGAUAUCGACCAGUCAAUAACUAAGCGAAUUGCACUUUCACACAUCGCUCGUCUUUUCGAUCCACUUGGCCUAGUGGGUCCGGUGGUAACUAAAGCGAAACUUUUCAUGCAAUCGUUAUGGACGUUAAAAGCCGAGGAUGGAAAGAGCUGGCACUGGGACAAGGAGCUCCCACUAUCAAUUCAGACACUCUGGCGCGCAUACUACUCACAACUUAAUCUUCUAAGCAACCUUCGCAUCGAGCGUUGUACUUUGAUUCAGAAUCCAACAUCCAUCCAAUUGCAUCUGUUUUCUGAUGCCUCGGAAGUAGCAUAUGGGGCCUGUGCCUACAUUCGUUCUACCAACGCUUUUGGGAAGACAAAGGUGGCACUUCUUACGGCUAAAUCAAAGGUAGCCCCAUUAAAACGACAAAGCAUCCCACGUCUUGAGCUGUGUGGUGCAUUGAUGGCAGCUCAACUUUAUGAAAAAAUCGCUUCUUCGCUUGAUAUUCACUAUGAGACCUUCUUCUGGGUCGAUUCCACAACGGUGAUUAGUUGGCUCAAAUCACCACCGUCGACUUGGACCACUUUUGUGGCUAAUCGAGUCUCAAAGAUUCAAUUAGCUACCGAAAACUGCACUUGGAAUCACGUACCAGGGCCACAGAACCCAGCUGAUCUACUUUCUCGAGGUACAUCGGUGGAGUCUCUCCUCGACAGUCACAUUUGGUGGUACGGACCUAAUUGGUUACAAGACGAUAUUUCCUAUUGGCCGCAUCAACAGAAUACUGCUAUCGACGACUCUAAAGACUUGCUCGAGGUUCGGAAAUCUGCAGUUAUGAUCCUUACAGCGGUUGAGAAGUCUUCCUUCAUUGACGAACUUGUUGACAGAAUUUCCUCUUUCCGUCACUUAACGCAUUCCAUCGCCUACUGUUUACGAUUUGCUAAUAACUGCAGAAAUAGGUCAGCCGAAACAUCUAGCACCAAACCACUAACCUAUGAGGAAGUGGAGACGGCAGAAAAUGCGUUGAUUUCGUUGGUGCAACAACAGGAAUUCAGUAACGAAUGGCAUUUACUGCGGAAAGGAAAACCGGUUACAGAAAAGUCGCGGCUUCGAUGGUUUCAUCCCUUUUUGGCUGAUAAUCAAUUAAUUCGCAUUGGAGGGCGACUCGAUCAUGCAAAUAUUUCCUAUGAUACAAGACAUCAGAUUCUACUCCCUGGAAAACAUCGUUUCUCGAUGCUUUUAGUCAAAUACUUUCACGAAAAGCAUCUUCAUGCUGCACCACAACUCCUAAUAAGUAUUCUCCGAACUCGAUAUUGGCUCACAGGGGCCAGAGCUUUAGUCAAAAAGGUUGUUCAUGCGUGCAUCAUCUGCUUCAAAGCGCAACCAAAAUCACUGGAACAAUUUAUGGGACAGUUACCAGGUUCCCGCGUAAACAUGGCCCGCCCGUUUGCAAUAACUGGCAUUGAUUAUUGGGGGCCAAUUCUAAUUCAACCUGCUCAUCGUCGCGCUGCACCCAGAAAAGCAUACGUGGCGGUCUUUGUGUGCUUCUGUACCAAAGCCGUACACAUAGAACUAGUCUGUGACCUUACAACAGCAAAGUUCAUCCAAGCUCUCCGUCGAUUUGUAUCUCGCCGGGGUCUCUGCCACGAAAUAUACAGCGAUAAUGGGAGAAACUUCGUGGGGGCGGCCAAUGAGUUAAAACUUCUAGUACGAAGUGACGAGCAUAAACGAGCAUUGGCUAAAGAAUGCACAGAAACCGGAAUUCGAUGGCACUUUAAUCCCCCCAAAGCCUCUCACUUUGGAGGACUUUGGGAGGCAGCAAUAUUUUCUGCCCAGAAGCACUUCAUACGCAUUGUAGGACCACAUAAGCUUGCAUAUGACGAUAUGGAAACGCUCCUUUCUCAAAUAGAAAGCUGCCUAAAUUCAAGGCCAAUCGCUCCACUAAGUGAUGAUCCCUCUGAUUAUGAUCCGUUAACUCCGGGGCACUUCCUCGUUGGCACCGCGCUGAAAACUGUUCCACAGGUGGAUUUCUCAUCGAUUCCGUAUAAUCGGCUGCGAUACUGGCAGCACACACAAAAACUGCUACAGGAGGUAUGGAAGCGAUGGCAAUUAGAAUAUGUUUCAACUCUUCAACAACGUUCAAAAUGGUAUAAGCCGCCAGUCAUCAUUGAAAAGGGACGCUUGGUAUUAAUUAAGGACGAGGAUACACCACCGAUGAGUUGGAAAACUGCUCGAAUUACUGAUCUGCACUCCGGCGCUGAUGGAAUUACGAGGGUGGUAACGCUUAGAACAGCUAACGGGAUAUACACUCGACCAGUGUCGAAAAUAUCUCUACUUCCCAUCGAAACAACUCUAUCUGAUUCCACUUCAUGCAGCAGCAAACCAAACUCCGACGAAUGAAUUCUUCAGCAUCAACAACCAUUCCAGUAAAUGACCUAAAAUGAAAUUGAAAGGCAUUUUUUGGAAUGGACUAGGUGAGAACCUGUCCAACUAAACAAUUUUCUUCAAACUGGUCUACCGGGUCUUCUCUUUUUGUUUAUUUCAAGCACCACAGCAACAACAGUUCGAUGACGUCUACAGGAUUGACAGCCUUGCGGUUGCGGUUCAUCGACUUCGAAGCGAGAGUGACAUCUGAUGAUCGACAACUUUCAGAAACAGAUAUUUCUGAAGGGCCAGCA